AUGGACAAGUCCCGUACGCCCAAGCGUAAACGUCGCUGCAUGGACUCGUCCACACCUCGUCUUAAUCAUAAAAAAAGGUCUCGCUCUGUCUCUCAUCGUGCUCGUAACUCGGAAUCACAUGACGUUGCAUCACAAAUUGUAUGGAAAGAGUCACCUGUGGACAAACAAAUUAAAGUCUCAGGAACCGGAAAAAUGGCUGUUCGAAGAGAAAUGCAGGGGUUUGUAGGAAGAUUAGCACGUGCUAGUCAACAAUCACCUUCCUAUACGAGUGAUGAGGACAUUAAACCCGUAGAACGGGGUCGUUUACGACGCAAGACGGAAGAAGAGACAGCUGGUUCGGUAUUCAGUAUACCGGUAAAUGGAGCAAAAAGCACUUUUGAUGACCAGAAAACGCUUGAUACGGCUACAAGAAGAUGCUCAAGUGAGAGAAGAGUGUCACAGGAUGAACUAAUUAAUGUCUUGGAUCAAAUGGAGCAGAAAUAUGGCAGUUCAGAAAUGAUGGAGCCAGUAUCAAGCUCAAAAAUCCUAUUUCUGGACCAAAAACGUCAAUUUUCUAGACAUUAUCAACCUCCACCUGCAGCUAUUACUGGCUCUACGGAGGAAAUGAAUUUGACAUCAAUAUCAGCUCCCAGUUCUUCCGUUUCAAGUGAGAUGCAGUCUCUACGGACACUGGAGACAGACAAGACUCAAGAAGUGAUGAAAAAUCAAGAGAUUGUCGAAUCUCUAGAGGAGGAAACGAUGAAGGCGCCGGUGGUAGAGGCAGAUGUCUUUGACGACCUGACGGACGAAUCGUGGGCCUUGCUCGACCAACUUCAGAGUCAACGGGUGCCAGUUGAAGUCACUCAACCAUCGCAAACGGAGGUUGCGACUGUGCAAAAUUUUGCAUUGACUCCACGACCCAUGCCGUCAACUGGACAUAACGAGCUGAAAAAACCUCCAGUGAUGCCGUCGUCAAACAUCUCAGCUACAGUGGUGCGACCAAUGCAUGACGCCGGAGCGGCUCAAUCGCUCGAGAGCUACAAGCGCUUUUUGGUCUUAGAAGUUGACCGCAUUGAUGUUAACCGCUCGCUCCUUUUGCGUCUGUUAGAUGACCAAGAUGUGCAAUUGGAGGCUAUGCUGAGCGACGAUUGGUAUGAUGUGCUUGUGGAAGCUGGCGACACUAUCAAUAUCGUGUUUACUGAACAGGACAGGGAUGGAUAUUUCUCGCAAGAUGGACACGACAGACAUGUGGAUCGACAGCCGUUGCGCAUACGGGUGGAUAACACGCACAACAUUGUGGUUGUUCAUCCGGAUAUUCUGGUAUCUCCUACUAGGGUAACAACAAGCUUCAGAUGUUUGCGUCGGGCUGUCCUUCAGGAAAUGUUAGCUGUCAGUCGUCCGACUAAUGAGAACGCUUUUCUUGGUACACUAAAACAUGAUCUAUUCGAGCAUGCACUUCUAAAUGGCUUGUCUAGCGCUGAGUGGCUACUUAAAGAAGCCAAGCGGAUCGUAAAUUCUAACAUUUUAGGUCUUGUGGAAUGCGGAUUGAACGAGGAAAAAGCGUUGUUGGAGCUACAAAAGGUGAUUAAUGAUUUUCGGUCGUGGAUUAGUGGGGCAAUGGCUGGGGCCGGGACGCUUCUGAACGAAACGGCUCCCUUAAAUGGAUCCAAGGUGUGCGUGAGCCGCGUUUUAGCAACGGAAGAAAUGAUGUGGUCCAUUAAAUGGGGCUUAAAAGGUGCCACGGAUGCCUCUGUUGAAGGAACCAUUGCUGACUUGCGGAUUAAGAGUAGUGAGUAUGCAGAAACCAGAGUUUUGCCUCUCGAGCUUAAAACCGGAAGCAAAAAGUUUGCUGGCUCCGAGCAUCAGGGUCAAGUGAUCCUGUACACACUACUGUUGAAUGAACGCUACCGGCAACGGUGCCAGGAGGGGUUACUCAUUUACGUUUCGCCCAUCGAGACGAACCGCAUCACAGCCAUGGCGACACAUGUUCGUGGUCUGAUCAUGGCCCGUAAUAAUUUUGCCAGUGCUAUUGCGAGAGUGAAAGCAAUCGGUAGCCUUACGUCUGCUCAGGCAUUUCCACCGAUGAUUCGGAAACGCGCGGAGUGUGAGCGCUGCUUUCAAGUAGAUGAGUGUGUGUUGCAUCACGCGGCGACAGAAAAUGGCACUGAAGAAUCGAGUGGUCUUGACGAGCUAUUUACUUUAAAAACGAAACAUCUUGGUGAAGCGGACUACAGUUAUUUCAAGCAUUGGAGUCGACUCAUUGAUCUGGAACAGCAGCAUGCUGAAAAGAAUCUCCGAGCACUCUGGCUCCAGGUCGGAUUGAAACGAGAGUUGGCACAAGAGAGCAGCACUUGCUUAGCACAUCUCAAAUUGGUAUCUGACACACCAGCACUAUCAGAGUCUGGAGCAAAACGAACACUGCGCUUUGUUCGUGACCGCCGAAAAAGAAAAGAUAUUAAUCUGGGAAGCGGAAGUGAAUCAAAGUUGCAACCAACCUCGUUUGCAGAAGUGCGUUUUCGAGUGAAUGAACGUGUUAUUUUGUCAGCAGAAUCGCUGGACGGAAAGAGUUUGCUGGUACAUGUGUCUCGUGCUACUGUUUGCAAGAUUGAACAUGGACUCGUUACGAUAGAGGCACGCCAAUGCAUACCGUCGAUUGUGGUAAGCGGGCAAUCUGCCGUUGGUAAAGAGUAUACGUGGCGAUUGGAUAAAGACGCAAUUAUGAGCGGCUUACGACGCGCGAAGGAAAAUCUCGUGCGAUUAUUUAUUGGACCUCCGCCCGAGAUCAUUUCAGCUGGCACGGCACUGAUGAGGCGACCAGAAUUACAGGUACGCAUGGCCUCAAUGGUUUCUAUAGGAGAUAAUGGCGACGGUGAUACACGAGGCGUUGGAGAUGCGCGAAGACGAAACUUGAUCGUGCACUUAGCUCGUCCGCAGUUCACUACUUGUCGGUUGACAGAUCUGGUAACACAGCGGUGUCAGGAUUGCGCUAUCGAUGACCAUGAUGGUAGGGUGGCAGCGCUUGGUCAGGUCUUGUUGGAUGCAUAUUUCGAAUUGAAUAUCGAUCAGCAGCGGGCUGUCCAGCGUGUGCUAAGCUCUCUCGAUUACGCUUUGGUUCUAGGAAUGCCGGGGACAGGUAAAACCGCGACAAUCGCUUUUACUGUGCGGGUGCUACUUUUUCUCGGGUUUUCUGUUCUAGUAACGAGCUAUACGCACUCGGCUGUAGACAAUCUGCUGUUGAAGCUGCUUGCGUGCAAGGUACCCAUGCUUCGUAUUGGUAAUCCCGCUCAAGUGCAUUCCCGAAUUGCGGACUUCACGCUCGAUCGACAAGCUGAGCGAGAGGGCAUUUCAAGUGUGCAGGCUAUGGAGGAUAAACUGAUUUAUGCUCAGCUCGUGGGAUGCACAUGCCUGAGUGUGAAUAGCCACGUGCUGUUCACAAAGCGCCGAUUCGAUUACUGCAUUGUUGACGAGGCCACCCAAAUUACGCAGCCCAUUGUCUUGAGUGCUUUGCGCUGCGCUGAUACAUUUGUACUGGUGGGGGACCAUUACCAGCUCCCACCGUUGGUGGCAAACGCUCAGGCUCGUAAAGAAGGCAUGGAUGUGAGCUUAUUUCGACGGUUAGCGGAAGCUCAUCCCGAAGCGACUCAGCAACUGUCGUACCAGUACCGAAUGAACAGAGAUAUCAUGCUGUUGGCGAAUCGGUUAGUGUACGACAAUAAGCUGAAAUGUGGUUCAUUUCAAGUCGCAUCGAACCAUCUCGACAUCAGAUGGCAGCGGCAAGAUAGCCUCGAGCAAAACCUAAUGUGGCCCAUUCGCAUGCUGACGAAAAAACAAGGCGUCGUGUUCUUGGAUACCGACACGAUGGGUGUGAUAGUAGAGAGCUCCAAGGUUGCACAAAUGAGUAUCAAUGGUCGUCGACGGAUGGAAAACGUUGUAGAAGCGCAGGUGAUUGCUGGAUUCGUGGAGCUCUUAGUAUUGGGGUCGGUUCCAGCCGAGGAGAUCGCAGUUAUCUCUCCAUUUCGCUCUCAGGUAGCGUUGAUUCGGCAGCAUCUGACUGCCGUUGCUGCAUUCCGCCGCGCUGGUGUAUCUGACUGGCAUCACUCGGUCGAAGUGAGCACCAUCGACAAGUACCAAGGCAAGGAUAAGGACGUGAUUUUAGUGUCAUUCGUUCGAUGCAACGAGGAGAAACAUGUGGGUGAACUGCUUACAGAUUGGCGUCGCAUCAACGUUGCAGUCACUCGUGCCAAGCAAAAGCUGCUUCUAGUAGGGUCCGAAUCAACUCUCAGUGGCGGCAGUGCUCUCUUCCAUGUGCUCGCUGAUAUUACUCAGCAACAAGAAUGGGGAUACAAGCUGCCGCGUGAUGCUGUUGAAACGCUUCGUCACUUAGCAGGGAGUGUAGCGGCUCCCAUCGAACCUGAUCCAGAGCAAGGUGCAAUGUCUGGAUCACGCAUGCGUUCGACAAUUGAUACGGUAAAAGUGUCGAUUCUUCAGCGCUCUACAAGCAGCAGCAAUGGUGAUAUCGAAUCACUCGUGUCAGACGUGUCAGCCAUUCCCUUGCGUCCCCAUCAAAGACCUCGUUCACCACAAUGGAAGCCCAUUUCACGCGACAUUUUUGGCGACAUGUGA